AUGUCCAAAGACCAGUCCCGCCGCUCCCUCUCCUUCCCAAAGUUCCUUAUCCCCUCCUUCCCCACCAAACACACCACCACUACCAGCACAACCCACUCUCCUCCACCUAUCAACUCCACCUCCAACGGCUCCAAAUACCUAACCGGCCACCUCUCCUACCUCCACUGCACGACCUGCGCGGCGCACCUCUGCUUAACCUCCCAAAUAAUCAGCAAAGGCUUCACCGGCCGCCACGGCCGCGCAUACCUCGUCUCCGCCGAACCCGUCGCCAGCGCCGUCUCAGUGAGCGCAUCUUCCUCACCAACCGUUUCCCUCCCCAACACGAUUCUCCAACACCCCGUACCACGACAGCUGGUCACAGGCGCGCAUACAGUUAGCGAUGUGAGCUGUGCGUUUUGCGGGACUGUGUUAGGGUGGAAGUAUGUUGCGGCUGAGGAGGAGUCGCAGAGAUACAAGGUUGGGAAGUUUAUUUUGGAGACGAAGAAGAUUACGGCUAGUUCGUGUUGGGAGGCGCUUGAGGAUGAGCAUGGGGAUGGGGAUGGGGAUAGGGCUGUGGGAGGUGGAGGGUCUGGGUCUGGGGAUGAGAGUGAAGACAAGGCCGAGUUUGAUAGUCAGGAUGAGGAUGAGUGUGAGGAUCUGUUUGCGGGGAUUUGGAGUCCUGGGUUGGCUAGUCGAAGGAGGAGUCGGAAGAUUGAGCGACGGCCUGCGACUGCGAUUUUUGGGAUUUCGUGA